AUGGAGAGGGGAUGGUUUACCACGAUGAUUAAGAAGGAUCGUGAAGAGCACAUUAAAGAUCGAGAGGAACACAUACAUUAUUGCGAGGAAGAUAUUGAAGAUCGAGAGGAACAUAUAGAUUAUUGCGAGGAACAUAUUAAAGAUCAAGAGGAACACAUGGAGUAUUGCGAGGAACAUAUUGAGGACCGAGAGAAACUUGUCAUGAUCAGAGCACAUUCAACACAACGAGAAACACAUUAAAGAUUGGGAGGAACAGUCUUUGGAAUGUGAAAAAUAAAUCGAUGGUAUUGAGGAUCACAUGGAAGAUAGAAAUGAACUCUUUGAGGAUAGAAAUGAGGAUCGUAAUGAACAUUUUGAGGACUGUGAAAACCUGUAUUGAUAGAACUAUAAAAUGACUGUAUCAUUCUGGGCAAUUCAUGUUCAUGUCUUGGGACAGAAGCACAUGAUAUCAUCAACAUCUUCCUAAACCCUUUCAUUUCAGCAUUUAUAUCACAGCCACUGUUAAAAUUGAUAAAUGAUUCCUUUUGGUUUCAUCGUGAGGUUUCAAGAGAAAGUCCAUGGUUUCAUAGACAAAUUCGGAAAUGCACAAUUUAACGUAUGAAUCAGAAUAUUAACAUCGUGGUGAUUUACAAAUGUACAUGUAGGUGGAAUAAAACACAUAUUACGUUCGAAAAAUGAUUAAAUCAAUAACACUUUUAAUAUGGCUGAUUAUUUUAUUAUCAGUUGAUCGCCACCAUGUGAAAGGUACGGCAAAAACAAUGAAGUAGCUGUCGUUAAGUUAAAUAUUAAGUUCUGUAAUGAGUCAUAUUUAUCAGUUGAUAUCGAAAUAUUACAACUCAUAAGAAACUAAUGCUAAGGACUCCAAGGGACCGACUAUUUUGAAUAAAUCAUUUGUGCAAGUUUUUCGGUUCAUAUGGUCGAAGACUCCGGAUUUUCACAUUCAUUGGCAAAAAAUAGUAUAUAGUACAGUAAGCAACAUCCGGGUAACAUUAAUAUUUUGUAAUUGGAUUUAAAAAAGGUUUUAAGUCUGAUUAUGGUAUGUUAUGUCAUGGUCGAUCCCCAGCUUUAUCUAUGCAUUAAUCGCUCUCAUUAGGCAAAAUAGAAUCAUACCAGAUUACAAAGUUCAAUUAAUUAAAUUAAUAUUAACCAGAAACACACUAUCACCGCCGUCGUAUUUCAUAAGUACUUAUUACGAAUUGAAAAUAUACUAAUACGCUAGAUUUACUCAUUUCGUGAACAUUUUGCAGGAAUAAUUGUGCAUGGAAACAUAUUCAAUAAUAAGUUCAAUAUAAGAAUAUUAAGUUAAAUAUGAAGAGUUUUAAUAUUGAUAUAUUUUGUUUGGCGUUUCUGCUAUGUAGAAUAUCGACAUCUUCAGGACAAUACCAAAGAACGGUUAUGGACAAGGUAUGCCGCACGGGGGAAUCCACGCUGUAUACCCAGGACGUAGCCGGAGUUAUCCGUCUCACAAACGGUCUUGGGUACAGGGAGAGAUACAGGUGUAGGCUGAAUAUACGCUCAGAGCCUGGAACAGGAAUCAUGUUGAGAUUUAGAAGUAUGAAUAUAAUUCCUGGUUCCGCAUUUGGGAGACCAUGUAACAGGGAUUGGUUGCAUAUUCUGAAUGGCGACAAUGUCCGGUUAACCCCUUCCUAUGGUCUCUGUGGUUCUUGGACUCCACCAAGCAGUUACGUCAGUUUUACAAACGGCAUGUCACUAGACUUUUAUGCUGGGGAUCAGGGUAUAGUCGGAACAUAUAGACAUGGAUUUGAAGUGUAUUACACAAUAUUUACAAUCUCUCCUGGACAUUGCAACACAACAAGAUACUCGUAUAGAUGUCUUGGAAAUUACCAAUGUAUCUCACCACGGUUGCGAUGCGAUGGUCUUUACAACUGCAUGGAUUUGUCUGACGAGAGCAGCAACUAUGCACGAUGCUCUAGAUGGACGGGUGGUGCAAUUGCAGGACUGGUCUUUGGAAUACUGGCGGCCAUUGCUGCCAUAAUUAUCACCGUUGUAUGUUGCUGUAGAUCUCGUGGUCGCAACAAAAAUAUGACAAGUAACUCUACAGUAGCAACUACAAACUCAAGUCAUCACAUGCCUACAUAUCAUCCCGGUUAUUCCGUACAGCAGACUACAACCACGUCAGUUAACUAUCCCACUGGAGCCGUAGCACAAGAUUUCACUCCAGCUCCGCCCGCUUAUGCCACGAUCGUUGAACCAAAUGACUAUACUAAUCCAGCAAAUGCUACAAGUGCUCCAAAUACAAGGCCAAAUGCCACGCAUGGGUAUGACAAUAUUGCAUCACCUCUACCAACAAAAACAAUGUUGCCCCAAUAGAGAAUAUUUGGUCAUUGUAAAUAAACGAUGAAGCAAUUGCAUCAAAUGUUGAACCCAAUGUCGGGCUAUGUAGUGCUGGAGAUACUGAGAUAAGUUGCAUUUGCAAAGAGCACUGUACAACAUUGGUUGCGAAUAUAUAUGACAUUGAGUGAGAAAAAACUUUUGUCAAAAAGGAAUCCCCUGAAUUACACAACCAAUAAAUGAACCUCA